AUCGUUGUUUUUGAAGCAUCUACAGUCGAUCCUUUACCUUCGUUUUCAGGUCCAACCCAAUACAUUCAUUUUAUUACUCAACUACUACCACUCGUUAAUAAUAAACAAAUACAACCCGUCAAAAUGGUUCGAUCUCUUGCUCUUUUCGCUGGCGCCAUUGCCACUGUCGCCGCCGCCCAGACAACCACUGUCAACUUCUUCCUCCCCGGAUUCGAUAAGCAGGCUCUCGUGGGAUCCGUCGUCGCCGUCAAGGGCGAGGCUACUACUGUCGCCAUUAGCUGCCCCGAUGGAACUGACCCCAGCGAGUGCGGCGUCCAGGAAACGCGCACUAUCGUUGGUGGUGCCUCCACCAUGGACAUUAGCUACUCUUACAGCCCUCCCGAGGAGUAUGGCGGUGGUUACAUGGAUAACAGAACUGGCUGCAAACUGGACCCCAAGAAGGAUGUGGCCUUCUGCUCUGCCGAGGCAACAGAAGUCAUUUCUGGUGUUACCGAGUCCAUGGCCGCCACAACUGCUCUCAGCGGAUACAAGCAGCUCAUCAUGCCCAUCACCAUCACUGCCGGCGCCGAGAAGCUAAACGGUAACGCCGCCACUGCCACUGCCUCUGCCUCUGGAUCCGAGGCUACCACUGCCGACAAGCCCAAAGACACUGGUGCCCAGUCUACUGGUUCUGCCACUACUUCUGGCACCGAUGCCGAUGCCACUCCCUCUCCCGUUGAGUCUGAUAACGCUGCCGGUCCCAUGGUGACCCAGAACGCCAUCCUGGCUGUCGCUGCCGUUGUCGGUGGUGCUGCCAUGCUGCUGUAAAAGUCGCAAACGAGAAGGAAAGAUGAUGAUUUGGCAACACGUUAAGCAGUAAUGAUAUCUAAUUAAAGCCAUUCAAUUUCAUG